CGUUCGGCGCAGUUGGUGGAGGUGGCAGCGCAGAUGCUCCUUCGGUCCUGACUCGUUUAGUCCGUUAAGUAGCUCCUGGUCCAAUUAAGCUAGGCAGGGUAAAAGUCCGCGCGCGCGUGUCAACAUUCAGCCUGAAACACUGCUUUGAGGGUGAGCGCGCGCGCCGCUCCACAGCACGAUGACGACCUGAAAUGACAGCCCGCCAUCCGCGGACGAACCCCACUGUAAAGAACCAAGAGUUGGCGAGAUGUUGGCGUUCUUCUGAGGUAGAGUUGGUAGUCGCGACUUGGUGCUCGCUAAUUAAGCCUUUAUAAGCUACUGCUGCAAGUUUGCAGUCGUCGGCCUGAUAUCUCCCCACGAAGCGGAGUUUCGUCGCUGACGGUGGAAGCAACAAAAAAGCUGAACAUGGACACCUCCACGGAUGUGCUGCUCGUGACCGCAAACGUCGGCUCCCUCUUUGAUAAUGUUGGUGAAAUUCAAAAUGGAUGGUUGCAAGAACUCUACAGGACGAUCCACAAAUACCAGCCGCAGUUCAUUGCUCUGCACUUCCAGGAGGUGGGAGGGAAGGACUACAUGGUCAACAUGGGCAACGCGGAAAACUUUUUCUGGUUACUUGAGUCCAGUGAAGAACUGAAAGAUUUUGACAGGACCUGCAUUUAUGUAGACAGCCAGUUCCAAGCAGAAGAGGGUUUUACGGCUUUGGGGAGCAUGUACUUCAUUCACAAGACACUGAAAAAUGUCUACCAGUAUGACUUUAAUGUUAAGGAUUUCAAAGCAGUGCUGGGGCAGAACAAGUAUGUGGGCUGUCUGGACACUGUGACCACUGUGGAGAAGGAGAAAUUCCCAAAGAAUUUCUGGCCUAAUUUCAAGUGGUCCAGAAAGGGCUUCAUGAGGACUCGCUGGAUCAUCCACAACCAAGGUCUUGACUUGGUCAACAUCCACCUGUUCCAUGAUGCCUCCAACCUCAUUGCCUGCAACGCCAGCCCCUCCAUCUACUCAGCCAACCGCAAAAACGCUCUCAGAUAUGUCAUCAACAGGUUGUCAGACGAUCGCUACACGACCUUGCCUUUCUUCCUGUUUGGAGAUUUUAACUUCCGGUUGGACACUCUUAGUCUGGUCCAGCAUCUGUGCACUGAAUCAGAGGUGCAGACCGUGAAGGACAGCAGCAACGAGGUGCAGAAAAUCUUUUGUGAGGAGAAAGACAAUGAUCACCAGGUGCUGCUUCAUAUUGAGGAGAAGCUGUUUCAAUAUCUGCACCAGGCUCUGUUCAGAGAGGACAACGGCAAAGCUCUUUUGAAGUAUGACAAAGAAGUCGCAGCAUUUCAUGAUGACAUCAAGGAAGAGGACAUCUCAUUUCCACCCAGCUACCCGUACAGCGAAGACUACAGUAAACCGACUCAGUACAUGAACACUCGCUGUCCGGCCUGGUGUGAUCGGAUCCUCAUGUCGCACUCCGCUCACGACUUCAUCCACAUGGGUGAACAUGAUGAAAAGACGGUUGUUUACAACACAGUGGGGACAAAUGUGUGUAUGGGAGACCAUAAGCCUGUUUUCUUGUCCUUCUCACUGAAGACAAAUUCUCAUUGACUUUGAAACUCUCAAUGAUCUGGAACCCUCUGAGCUCAGCCAAAGUGGAAAAUCAGCACGAUCACUCACUACAACCAACCCAGCUGCCUCCAGCAGGCUCAUGCCAGCAUCACUUAGGAACUGUCUGCUCUCCCGUCUCCGCUGUCUCCCUGCCUGUCCCAAUCGCCAACACUGACCCGACGAGUGCUGCAGGAACGUCUAACACAUCUGUCCUCUCUUAACUCCACUUUUCUACUCAUUUUUAUCAAAUGUAGGCAGAAAUUCUGUCAUUUUCACUUUUGAGUUAAAUUAUAAGACCAUGAAUGUAAAACUGAAUAUUAAUAUACAAAUUAUAUGAUCUUUUAACAAAAAAUAUUUUUCUAAAAUAUAAUAUAAAUAAAAAAAGAUUUAAGAAACAAUAACAAGGGUUUUACCAAUUUUAUUUUUAUGAGCUCAUAAAAAAGUUUUAAUUUGUUUUUAAAUAAAAAAUUAAUAUACAUGCUUUUUUGUUUUAUUUUUAUUUAGCUACAGACUUCAUGACUUCAGAACCUUUCUGUUUUAUAUCUUAAUUCAUUUACAGUGAAGCACAUUUUAGAAGAGCAGAGAUCUGAGCAAAAUAAGGAUAGAAAUAAUAUUAAGACACCAGAAACCGCAAUGUUAGUUCAAAAAGGUCACAAAAGAUUCUCUACCAAGACCUAUUGUUAAAUAAUAGGUAAGAAAACCACAUGUGGACUGAAAAUGGGAUUUUUAGGGUCUCCAAAAAGAAAAAAAAAGUCUCAAGGGUUUUCCUGUCCAUUACAGCUGUAACGGAUUAGGAAGGAACAGACGAGGUGGAUUAAAUCGGAUGCUUCGUGUGACUCCGUCACUGAUAAGCUGUUUGGAAUCAAUCUAUCUAUCUAAUGCUACAACUUAAAACGCUGUGAUAUGAACAAAUUAGCCUUUGAAAAAAUAAAAAAACAAAACAGAGUUUUUUAGCUUUAAAUUCAAAGCUUAAAUUUAGAUUUAUUUGCAGCCUUUUACACGUCCAAAAAAGUACCUAUAGAACUCGUUUGCCUUAAUACCUUAUAGAAAAUCAUUUUAACACCAUAUAUAAAAUAUGAACAAAUAGUAAUUUAUAUCUUUUUCAUAAAGAAGAAUGAUAGUAUGAAAUGAAGACAUUUAAAAAGGAUAAGAAGUCCUGAGUUCCUGAAGUCUGCAUUUAAGUAAAUGUAAAAUGAUUGUGUGUUCUUUCGUCUUGGUCAUUUUUUAUUUCAAGUUUUAGGUCUAGUAGUAGCACUCAGCUGAAAUCUAGUCCUCCAGUUUAAAAACAUUUAAAGAUUAGAAGCAGAAACAUAAUAAACCCUGCAGGGAUUUGCUGCAGGUUCUUAUGGUUGCGAUUAUUGUAAAAAAAAAGAAAUACAAAUUUGCAAAUAUGUUUACUGUAACUUUCUAUGUAAUCCUUCUCAACAAAAUGUCUGUAUUUUUACAAAAUCUAUUUCUCCACAUUGUCUGAUUAUCAAGAUUAUCAUAUCAUUCAUGAUUUAGUUCAGGGUUGAUUUUAAACUUUAAGUCAGAUGGAUGGUAUGAAAUGUUUUAAAGGGUUUUUUUACUGACAUGGUUUCCUUUACAUGUGGCUGGGUCACUGUAAACCGUUGUAUUUUUUUAAAGAUAGAGUAGAAAUAACACUAGAAAGGGGAAGGGCCAGUGACACUUUCAAAGCAAGUUUUGCAGCAGUUUUUCAUCUGCUUUGCUUCUUAUGUAACACCCAGAUUGUAAUAUCAGCAGCUUCACGUCCCAAGUUUCAGCUUCAUUUAAUAACCUUUAGCUAAAGUCUCAUUAAGCUUCAGCGAAACACCAUCACAAACUUGUGUUUACUUUGUAAUACAACCAAGAAUCCACACAUUUGCCCAGUCUGUCUUUACUAAAUUCUGAAUGUUAGCUUCACGUAUGUGUACCAGUGCUUUAGGUAGUUUGAUUUUUGCUGUUUCUUUUGUUGUCCCGUACUGAAGCAUGAGUUCAGUAAAUGCGUUUUCAAUGUCUGAAUGAUCACUUUGAUUUGUGUAGAAAAUGUUUGCUGUUCUGUUUUUCUUCUCCGGACUAUCCAACACGUGUAACGGCAUGCACGCGCGAGUUCACAAAUAUUCACGUGAAGCCUCGAUCAUUUGUGCAACAUUUGUGACGAGUGGAACCAUUCUGUAAUAUAAUAUAAUGUCAGCAUUGGGCUUGGAUUUAAGGCCAGUAUUAACUUUGAAUUGUACUUUCAAACUACAUGUGUUAUUUUACUUUUGUAAAUAAAGUUCUUCCCUAAAUUAAAAA